AUGACUUACAACUUUCUGGAUAAGUUAUGGUCAAAAUCUAGAUCAAAAUUAAACUCCUCGUCAUCACUAACUCAAACUUUUUUGAGCAAGAAAUGGAAAAUUUACAGAACAACGCUAGUGUUUUGCAUCAUCAGCAGUGUCUAUCUAGUAACGUACUUGCUCAUAUAUAGAACCAAAACAAACAUCACCGAUCUGCUAUCAAAUACCAAAUUCAUACCUAUUUAUGACUCACAUACCCAUCAAAAUGGUCUCAACUAUACGGAAAAGUUGUAUGAACUAGUCCAGUCAGAGUUUAACCAGCCUGCAAAACAUACAUCAACAUACACAAACAAGAAAUCAGCACUAAACAAGCUACUCAAUUCAAAUACAAUGUAUCAAGAUGACCGAUUAACCAUGGGAGUUGUAUUCCAAUACUUGUUGAAUAACAAAAACACCAAUAAAAUUCCAUUCAACUGGAUCGACUGGGUCGACUUGUCAUAUCUCAACUCUCAACUCGAGAAACCACACGAAGCAAGACUAAAAUGCUCAGAUAUAAUAAACGAACUAAACUUUGUUAGACCAAGCCAUAGAAAAUUAGCACAAGAACUGGCCAAACCAUUUGGAUGUGUCAAUUCAAAGGACUUGACGCAGGAAGAAAUUGAAGCAAUGGGCUUUACUAGCGUUGACCAACUACCUGGCUUCAUCCAGUUCCAACACAGUUUUGUCACCUCUUCAGAAUAUAUACGAAACUUACAAGGCAAAAGCUACUUAAUGACACACCAACCAAUGCCAUACAAAGUGAUAUUUCUCAAUGACCACGGUGAUGACUUGGUCCUUGAUGUCGAAAAAGGUAGGAUAAGAGACCACUUGGAUUAUUAUCAAGGCGAGAUUGACCCGAUGAUGUUAUUUGACCAAUUGACACAAGAAAAGAAUAAAGUCAAAACUUAUGAGUACCAUCCUCAACCAGUAAUGGAGUUGUCUCCUGAAUUAUUCCAAUAUGACCGCCGAGUACUUGCUCAAAAAGUAAAGGAACUCAAAAGUCUCCCGCAGUCACUAGACAAAUUGCAACAAUCGUAUAUGGACUCGAUGAUGGCCUCGAUCAAUGUAUCACCUGGUACCAAACCCGAGACCAGAUACUUUAAAGAAGCAACGUUGCGUCUCAACAAUGGCAACCAUGAUAAUGGCUGGCAUUAUGACUGGAGGUUUUUCAAUGGCAAACUUGUUGAUACGCAUCGUACAGCAAUAAUCAUGGAGCGUCUUUUGCGUAAUUGGUUUAAAUUCACUACGAAGUACGAUAUAAUCAGCUGGAUAGCACAUGGACCAUUGCUUAGUUGGUAUUGGAACGGUGGCAUUUUCCCAUUUGACCAUGACCUUGAUAUCCAAAUGCCCAUUAUUCACUUGUUAAAACUUGGAGAAAUGUAUAACCAAACCAUUGUUGUUGAAGAUGUCCACGAGGGUUUUGGCAAAUACAUGAUUGAAGUAGGCACAUUUGUUCAUAAUCGAUUGAUUUCAAAGCGUGGUAAUCACAUUGAUGCAAGAUUUAUCGAUAUUGAAACUGGAGUAUACAUUGAUAUUACUGGUAUUUCGACAAGUGCUGCUACACCGCCUCUGCAAUACUACCAGAAUUUGCAAGAUGAUAUUGAUGAAGGGGCGGUAUUGCAAAAAGAGAAAAUCACGUAUAAUGAUCGUCGUGUUCAUUUUUACCAUCACGAUCAUAUUUCACCCAUAAAACUAAGUAUGCUCAAUGGUGUUCCUUGCUAUAUCCCCAACGCCAUUAUCAAGCGUUUGAAAUAUGAGUAUCCUCGUGGUGCGUUAACCAAGAUGGAGUAUGACAAUUGGUAUUUUGUGCCGCGUGUCCAGAAUUGGAUUCCAUUUGUUGAUUUGCAACAAAUAUUAGAUGCUAAUGACUAUAUGAAAGACAAUGGACGUUUAAACAAGAUUAAAUUUCAGCGUCUUGUGAGUAAUAUCACCGAUGAAGAAGUAUGGCAACUUGCCGAGGUCCUGGGUGCGGAUGGCCAUGGUGCAAUGACCAGAAAAAAUCAAGUCUUGAUUGAUUAUUACCAUAUGUUGCAAAAUUCCCACUUUCACCAACAAGAAAAGCAAUAUUUAUUUUCGAUUGAUCCGACAAAACACAAGAAUGUGAAUGAUUUGGAGGAGGGUAAGAUUGGCGAUGAUACCACAAGAAGCACAAGCGAGGAGUAUAAGAGAUUUGUUGCGCAAAAUGUCAAGUUGGCGCAACCAAUCCGGGAAAGUUUAUUUGAACACGAACGAGUUAAUGGAGGCAUCAAAGACUUUUAUGAACGCGCAGCAAAGGCAUUGGACUCGAUUGAAGUUAAGCAAAUUGUAAAGUUUGAUACAAAAAGCUAA